AUGGCCGGGGUCAACAAGUUUCUAGGGGUUCGAUAUGCUGCCCCUCCUGAACGAUUCGCACCUCCAGCUCCUGCAUCUAUGACGCCCCACAGCGAUGCGAAGGACGCGACCAAAUUUGCUCCUUCUUGUAUACAAGCUAUUCCAGCUCCCAUUGCCGCCCAGAUGGGCAAUAUGGGUCCGCAAAGCGAAGAUUGUUUGUUUGUGAACGUCUUCGCCCCGUCGUCUCCGCCACCUCCCGAAGGAAGAACUGUAAUGGUGUGGUAUUACGGCGGAGGCUUCCAAUUCGGUAGCGCCAAUACUCCCAUGUUUGACGGUUCAAGCUUCGCCCAGAACCAGGAUGUGAUUGUCGUAACUCCUAAUUAUCGCACAAGUGGUUAG